AAUCCAUUGACCUCACACCAAAGUAUCCAAGACGACGCGGUAUACCGUCAAUUCCAGUCCCCAUCUGCGACAGAAUCGUCCUCCUAUAUUGGACCGAAGCUGACCGUGUCCGUCGCGCGUAGGAAUCGUCAAGAUGUCGAGACCAAUGCACAAAUGGGAGGCUGCACGCUGCAAGAUGAGGACUGAUCCCUCCGCCUGGUUCAGAGACUCACCCAUCGAAAAUCGGGAUCUUGAUCUUCUCAAUGCAUACCCGGUCUCGUUCGUUGAUUACGAUAAGACCUCCUUCCUUCGCAAAGUUUAUCAUAUGAAAGCCGGAGAGAAAUGGAAGCAAACUGAAUGGCAGGUUGAAGAGGAUGUCGAGUGCAAACAGAUGAUUGCCUCGGCUGGUGGCAAGCUGGUCGGAUUCGACUUCCCACCUUCCGACAAAACUCAUUGGGCAUUCAUGACUAUCAAUGUCAGUAUCACCGCUCCACCAGGCCAAGGCUUCGAAUGGGGCUUUUUAUCCACGACCCCAACCAACAUCCGCAUCUUCAAAGGACCCGCCUCUACCUGCGACCUGCAUCCUUGGGAUGCAAUGAUCUUGAGAGACUGCACCACCAACACCAGUGUUCUGAAUACUAUUGGUAAGGUUGCCCGGCGUAAGUGGGACAUUCUGUUGAUGAAGUGUUGUGAGGACUUUGAUCACCCCUGGGUUGUUACCACGGUUUUGGACGCCGGCGCGUUCGAUCCGAAGACCUCCCACCGCUGCCUCGAUACGUCUGUCUGCGGUUGUAUUUUUAAGCAUUGAUGGAAGAUGUAGUUGCAGAUGAAUAUCGCGU